AUGUAUUUAUUUCCAAGAAACAGUGUUGGUGAGUUUCCAAUUAAUGAAGUAAAAGAAAUAGUUGAUAAUCAGAAUAUACCAGUUAAAACAAUAAAUAGAGAAGAUCCAUUUAAUAUUAUUCGUGAAUUUAGAAAGAAAUAUAUGGGAAUAGAAUGUUCAUAUGCACAAUUUAAAGAUAGUAAAACAAGAAUUACAUUUGGAACAUUUGAUAGUUUACCAUUAUCAAAAGAAUAUUUAAACACACCAAUAACUAUUAAAUGGAAAAAUGAAGAAAAAGUAACAGUUAAUUAUAAGAUAAUUAAAUUAAACGAAUCAGAGUGUUCAAGGAGGUAUUGA